UGCCCAAAUGUUUAAUGGAAACGCACCUACUGACAGUUAUUGUGGACUUAUAUAGACCUAAUGACUGGGGAUCACUUUCAUCUUCUCUGUGGACUUUCACGGUCUCUGCUGGACUUUGGCUGCCAUUUCUAAUCUUGGACUUUUAAAGUUUGUAGUGGUCCUGUAUAGUUUGCAGUGAACUCCAGUGUGGUGCACCUAUCUAGAUUUUGGUGUAGCUUAAUUGUCUGUGGUGGACAUUAGGGGACUGGUUCACCUUCAGACACCAGUUUAAUCCAACAUUAUGAGGCUUCUAGCUGUUGGGAAAUCACGAGAGUUUCUUCUCUUUCUAACUGCUGACUGAUGUGAAAUUGAAACUUUUCCAAAAGGACUGAUCUGUUUUUGGAUCGAGUCAAACAUGCUGUAAAUGCUUCUGAUUUGCAGCAAAUCGCAGCCCACACUCUGUCCUAAGAUGGAGCGCAGCCUGCCGCCUCGUGGCACUAACGACCCCCCAUACAUCAGAGACCACCACACUGCAGCAAACACAGUGACCCCAUCAGCAGCUCCCUCCCUCCCUCCCUCCCCUCACAGUGCUCCCCUCUCCUGCCUCGUGUGAUCACACAUCGACUGUCGUCUAGUGAGUGUUUCCAGAGCGAGAUGAAGAUCCUCUGCAGCAGAUCCGUGGUGCUCCUUUUGCUCCCCUUGUUUCUCCCAGUGUGCUCAGCUGCUCACGGACGUUUCGCUCAGAAGCUGCUGAAUGAUCUGUUCUUGAACUACACCAGCGCUCUGCGGCCGGUGGAGGACACCGACUACAUCAUCAACGUCACACUGCAGAUCACGCUCUCCCAGAUCAUCGACAUGGAUGAACGCAACCAGAUCCUGACCACCUACCUGUGGGUGCGUCAGGUGUGGAUGGAUGCCUUCCUCAGCUGGAGGAAGGAGGACUAUGACGGACUGGACACCAUCCGCAUACCCAGCAGCUUUGUCUGGAGGCCAGAUAUCGUCCUGUACAACAGUGCGGACGAUGAGUUCUCCAGCUCCAUGGAGACCAACGUUGUGCUCCGUAACGACGGUCAGGUCAUGUGGGACCAGCCAGCCAUAACCAAGAGCUCGUGUUCGGUAGAUGUUGCCUUCUUCCCGUUUGACGUUCAGCAGUGUCAUCUAACCUUCGGCUCCUGGACUCACAAUGGCAACCAGAUGGACCUGUUCAACGCUCUGGACAGUGCAGAUCUGUCUGACUUUGUCCCUAAUGUUGAGUGGGAGGUUCUGGGCAUGCCGGCCAAAAAGAACGUCAUUCUGUACGGCUGCUGCUCGGAUCCGUAUCCAGACAUCACCUUCACGCUCCACCUGAAGAGACGAGCCUCCUUCUACAUCUUCAACCUCCUCAUCCCCUGCAUGAUGAUUUCCUUCCUGGCUCCGCUAGGCUUCUACCUGCCGGCCGACUCCGGUGAAAAGGUGUCCCUCGGUGUGACGGUGCUGCUGGCUCUCACCGUCUUUCAGCUGCUGGUGGCAGAGAGCAUGCCGCCGUCCGAGAGCGUCCCGCUCAUCGGAAAGUACUACAUCGCUACCAUGACCAUGGUCACUGCAUCCACAGCCCUCACCAUUUUCAUCAUGAACAUCCACCACUGCGGUCCGGAGGCCCGACCCGUCCCCCAGUGGGCUCAGCGCUUCGUCCUCAACUUCCUGGCUCGGAUCUGCUUCAUCCGUGAGGCUGGAGACAGCUGCCUGUCCCGGGCCUCGUCCCGGAAACAGCCUUUGUCUCAGGAAGAGUCGGACGCUCCGUCGGCUGGUGCUGGAACCACAGGAACCAGCUGGGACAGAAAUGGACAGGUAUGGAGCGGAAAGGUGGAGGAGGACAGCGCGGCGGCGUCCCCGAGCACACGGCAGGACCUAACCAAGCAGGCGGCCUGGAAGGAGGAUCUGUUUGUGGCCAUUGACCACUCUGCAGAGAGAGGAGCUGCUGGAGGCCAGGAGGAGCCAGGAGAGGAGAGCCUGAGUGGGGGAGGAGGUGCAGCAGGUGAACAUGUGGACGAGGACAGAGAUGCUGAAGGCGGAGCUCUGCAGAACCGGAGAGAGAUCCUGGUGAGAACCCAGUGCGUGUGCCAGCACCAGCGGCUCCGCAGCAACGUGGAGUUCAUCGCCAGCUCGUACCAGGACCAGCGGGACGCUCAGCUGCGCAUCGCAGAGUGGAGGAAGGUCGCCAAGGUGAUGGACCGCUUCUUCAUGUGGCUCUUCUUCAUCAUGUUCUUCUUCAUGAGCGUCCUCAUCCUGGGAAAAGCCAUCUGAGCAGGACUUCUUCUCUGGUUUGAGUGCCACCUUCACCUCUGCUGUGUUGUUGUUCCACAACCGCCAUGUGUGAACAGAAGGGCGGAGCCACAGCGGGCUGACCUGCCAGCCCCAGAUGUUUGCAUGUACACGUCUUAAUAAAGGUGACAUCAGUCACAAAAUGUUUGAGGGUUUGCCUUACACAGAAGAAUGUUGAAAUACAUUUAUUAGUUUGACAUUUUUAUGCAUAAACUCACAAAAUGACUUUUGUUGUUUUUAUUUUGGUGUCCUUCAUCUGCACAGAUGCUAUCAUUGUAGUUAAAGUUUGUAACUUUUCAGGUGAAGUUUAAUAUUUUUUCAUUAAAAAAAGCAAUCUGAAUGUUAAAGUAAGAUUUGUGUAAAAUCACAAUCAGGUCUUCUUUAUCCACACGUCUGGUCAUCACUUCAUCGAAUGAAGGGUUGGUCUUCACUGGAGGUAAAGUCUGACUCAUCUGUCCGUCCAGCAAAGAAGUCAUUAAUCAAGUACAGAAUUAUUACUGAUCAGAACCACAAUUUACAGUUAUGAUCAUGAAGAUCAUAAGUAAUUUACACAAAUAUUUCACACCUCUGCAUGCGAAAAGAAGUGAAAAAAUAAACAAGUGAGAUGAGAUUAAUAAAAAGAAGGGUCAGAAUUUUCUCACUUCAGUGUUUUUUUCUUUCUUUGUUCAAAUUAAACAAAUGACAUUUGGAAAAAUGCAAGAAAAUGUGUAUUUUUUCCCAGUUGUGUUAGAAAACACAUGAGAUGAGUCUUUAUGAUCCAUGUGUGACAUGUUUAUAGUGAAGAAUAAAAAACAAACUGUGGACAUUU